CUGUCAACAAACUGAUUUUCCCUCUCGCACUUCAAUGUUCUCCGCCCUCCGUGCCCCUGUCGUCCGGCGUUCCUCCCUCCGUGCUUUCUCGACUACCUUGCCACAGCACGAUCUCGCGAAACUGACACUCAUUGGCACGCUUGGACGAGACCCCGAACUCAAAACCACUAAGAACGAUAAGGAAUUUGUGUCUUACACAGUCGCGACGGGUUCUCGUGGUGCUAAUGAUGAAUGGACUACGACGUGGCAUCGUGUCUUCUCCUUCUCGCCGGGCUCGAACAAAUACCUUCAGACGCUGAAGGGCGGAAGCAAAGUCUACGUUGAAGCUGCCUUUGAAAUUCGAGAACCCGAGUCCGGAGCGGACCCAUCGACUGCUCAGGGCCAGCGUCAAAUUUUCCUGCGACAUGAGAACAUCCAAGUGGUCUCGCGCCCCAAAUCCGAUUCGGAACACAUUGAAGCAGCUGAUGUGAUGGAAUUCUUCAAUAGUGCUGGCUCUGACCCCCUUAAGCCAUCUCUAUUUGAACUGGUCGCGCAAGAGCAGCUUCGAGAUUUGCUUCAACCUGCCCUGAAGUAUGUCUUGGCGUUUCUUGCACAACACUACCCGCGCUACUUGAUUCGGGUGGUCAACCGACAUGAAGAAUUCUAUGCGUUCAUCAUGCUAUUCGUCGAGAAGCAUUAUCUGCUGAAGCAUAACGCAUCGUUUGCGGAGAAUUUUUAUGGUCUCAAACGCAGAAGGCGGCCUUUCAUCGAGACCGAGCGAGCGCAGGCUGCUGUGGGCGGUAUUCCAUUAGCAGAGAAGCUGCGUUCGCAAGAGGUUUGGAGGUCGUUGAUUAUCCUCGUCGGGCUGCCGUAUCUCCGAGCCAAAGCCCAGGAUUACUUUGAGGAGAUUGGUGGUGGUGUCAGACACGACAUUGACGACGAGCCAGGUUUUGACAGAGUUACGCCAUCCGAAGGUUUAUACAGAAGACUAUUCAAGAGAAUAUAUCCAUGGGCCAACACCUCCUUCGAAGUCUGGCUGCUGGUCUGGAACCUGAGAUAUCUCUUCAGCAAGACACCAUUUUACCGACCGUGGCUGUCAUGGGUCGGAGUUGAGCUCCGUCGACUGGGAGCGGAAGAUUUCCGUGCAGCUGCCGAUUUGGCCAACAAAAGCGCCAGUAGUAAGCCCUCCACCAACUUGCUGGCUCGAUUGCGGGAGCUCCUUGUUGGCUCUCCUCAACUCGCACUGGACUCUCUGAGACUUCUUCUGCCUACUGCCAUAUUCUUCAUCAAAUUUUUGGAGUGGUGGUAUUCCCCAGGAUCGCCUGCGCGCUCUCUGUCGACUUCCCCGCUGGGACCGGCGGUCCCACCUCCAAGGAUGCUCCGGCCGCACCCAAAAGGCAUACGCUUUGAUGCGCAGGGCUUUGGGAAGUGCCCGAUCUGCGCAGACGAUUUGAAGAACGCGACUGCUCUACCGUCUGGUUACGUUUUCUGCUACCGGUGUGCUUACGACGAGGUUGAAAAGCAUGGGCAGUGCCCUGUGACGCUGUUACCGGUCCGGGUCUGGCAGCUGAGGAAGGUUAUGUUUGGGAAGCACAUCCAGGCGCAACAAGUCCCAGGAUGGUCUGCAUACUACCUCGAUUAUAAAUUCUUGAAGAAAAUUAUCUCCUCCCUGACUGCGAAUCGGCCUGCACAUGAAGCUGCCGCCCUCGCCGUCGGACUACGACCGACGGAUAUACUAGAUGCGGCCCCUCCGUCUCAAGUCCCCUCCAUUCCGCCCUUAUUCGCUGCGGACUCGACUCAGGAUGAUCGGGGGGCGGACUUCAGGGCGCACAAGGCUGCAUUCUUUUUCAAACUGGAGCGGGAGCUGGAGAAGAUCAACGAGUUUUACCUGCAGAAGGAAGCCGAGCUUAAGCUUCGACUCGAGACCCUACUUUCUAAACGGCGCGCUGCCGCCCUGCGAGGUUUCCCCGACCCGACGGAAUCAGACUCGAGCCAAAAUGUAGAGUGGACUGCGGUGGAAGAGGGCUUCCGUCACCUCGAACGAGAUUUAGGGAAACUGCAGCAAUUUGUGGAGAUCAACGCCACAGGGUUCCGCAAGAUCCUCAAAAAGUUCGACAAGCGGUCGACAUCCACGACCAAGGAGCUGUAUCUCGCACGACAAGUCGACGUGCAGCCCGUGUUCAAUAGGCAACUGAUCUCUGAGUUGUCCGACACUGUUGCUGCGUGUUUGCUAGAUUUGACGGACCUGUCGUCGGGUCUCAAGUUCGAAGGAUCGGCUGCGACGGAUCUGUUUGCGCAGCAGAUUCUAAACGAGCGCGCACAGCAUCAAGGGCCGUUCCAAGACUUGGAGAAUAAUCUGCGGAAAGCCGUUGCGACUUCAGAUACGUCUGCGAUUGCGGAAUACAUCCACUACUCCGAGGUCCUUUCGCAGCAGGGGCAGGGCGGAAAAACGAACGUGACGCGGAUCCUUUGGAAUGCGAUCAUCGAGGCACCGCCUGAUCUAGCGAACCUGAUCCUGGCUUCGCUCACAACGCCAUUCGACUUCGCGUUCAUCGAUGACAUCAACGGACGCACGUGUCUGCACGAAGUAGCGAUUGCUGGGGCGCCGCGGCUGGCUCAAAUGUGCAUUGAGAGGGGUGUGGAUGCGACCAAGGUCGAUGCGUACGGCCGGACUGCGUUGCACUACGCUGCGAUGAACGGGCAUGCCAGCAUUUGCAAACUGCUGCUCCAAACCGCGAUUUCCCCUGAAAGCCACGACAUGGACAACUACACGGCGCUCGUUUAUGCUACACUGAGCGGCAGUGCUGACUGCAUCAGAGUUCUGCUGGACGACGGCCGGGUUGCGAUCCAGCCUGGUGCGGCAGGAAACGAUUUGAUUCCUCUUUCUCUGGCCAGCCAGUCCGGCUACGUCGAUGCGGUGAAGUUGCUUCUCGAUCGCGGCGCCCGGUGUUUGCCGAACAGCAACGGAGAGUUCCCGAUGCAUCUCGCGGCGCGGGAAGGCCAUGUCGAUGUAUGCAGGAUGCUGGUAAACAAAGAUGGCUGGGACACCCCAGACAAGUACCACGAGUGGACACCAUUGUUUCACGCGGCGCGGUAUGGUCGAGGGGAAUGUGUGAAGAUCCUAUUGGAUGCCGGUGCACGGGUGCGAGCAAUGGAUGAACUGGGCCAUCUGGCGGUCUACUACGCCAUGUGGUAUGGGCACAACCAGUGCCUCAGUCCUCUACUCAGUGCUACCCCCAUCAUUUCGUCGAUCGCGGUCCCUCCUCUCGUCAUGAAAGACUCGCCGUUCUCCGAUGCGCCGGUGACUGAAAACGAGAUCGACCUGAUACCCUCACUGUCUCUCCCUCCUCCCAUCAUGCCACAUCGAGUGUACGGUCACAACUACUUGGACAAGAACCACCUCGUGCAGGUCACCAUCGGCCAGACGUCUGGUCGAGACAGUGCUGUUCCCAGCGUUCGGCUGCACCACCGCCUCAUCAGCCCUGCGUUCAAGAACGAUGUGGUGAUGGCCACCACGCCUCUCAAGCUUGUCAUCACCACAAGCCGGGAUGUCAAUUCAGGCCCCUUCAGCAUCCCUCUGCCGCAGAAGGAGUCGUCCGACACGUACACUUUCCAGAUCGCCUCUCUAGACAACCUGUCUCUGAUCUUCUCGGUCUACCCCAAUUUUGGAACGAAAACUAUCGGACGUGCCGUCGCACUUCCUGCGUUGUUCAAGAACUUUGAACGGAAUCGACCGAAUACAUUCCAGCGCAUCGCACAGAUCGACUUUGAAGUCAACAUUGUCACGCCCUUUGACGGCGUAAAGCUCGAGGUCGGUGGGGAUGUGGAGACGUAUUGGAAGUCGCUGGCCCGACCACUGGCCCCACCGCGCGGCCCUUCGCGAUGGCCGCAUCGCUCGAAUCUGAUCGCAUCCUCGACGACAUCUCCGUCCGCGCAUGCGAUUACGAACAACGUGGGUCAGGCAUCGACGAUUUCGUCUCUCCGCGGGAGUUAUCUCGCUCUCACUGUCCAGGUCACCCGUGAUCUCCAUCCUGUCAUCUGCACGGACUGGAUCCUCGCCCAUCCUGACUUUGACCUGACGGUUGCGGACGUGACUCUCGCUCAAUUUGAGGCACUGGCGAAGCUCCUGAGCCGCAACCUAACUGAGGAAGCAGACGUGUCGGCGAUUGCGUCGUCGAUGGUCUCUCUGGCUCAGGUCCUGCAGACGCUUCCGCCGACGCUGGGUGUGAAUCUGGAGCUGGCGUACCCGAGAGCGCAGACGCGUCUGCAUCUGAAUGAUUUCGUGGAUUCUGUGCUACGCACGACGUACCACAACCCGGCGUCUCGGAGGAGAUACGUCUUCACAUCGUUCUCGCCGGAUGUGUGUGCUGCAGUCAAUUGGAAGCAGCCGAAUUAUCCCAUUUUCUUCGCGACACAAUGCGGGAAGAAUCAGUCGGAUCCGGACCGAGCCCCUUUUGUUGGAGGCGAUGACUGGGACGGGAGGACCUCGAGCGUCGGUGCUGCAGUCGAAUUCGCGCGCGCGAACAAUCUAUUGGGCAUCUUCGUCGACUCGGAACUCUUGAUCCAAGUUCCUUCCCUGAUCGAUGGAAUCCGCAAUGCAGGGCUGCUCAUCGGCAUCAACGGCGCCUCGGACAAGACCGACGCGCUGACGACGGCAUCGCACAUCGAGGGCACCCCGGUCGAUGGGUUCGUGCGCGAUGGGAAGGUCGUCUACGUCGACCAUUCCAGCCGGGAGCUGAUCUGAAGCAGUAUUUAAAUGAGUAAAUAAAUAAAUUGUAAUCGGAAUGUUGUAUCAGCCCGUCGUCGAGGCAUUCAAAGCGUCGUGGAUUCGAAUUUCGCUGAGCAGGACGAAGCAUGUGAAUUCGUGUGUUGCUUGUUGGCUGGCUCUGCAGUCCAAGUCCACAUUUAUUCAUGAUCAGAUGUUGGGACCCCAAUUCUGCUGGCAGAUGACAACGUGGUAAGCAGGAAGGACAAGUAACGACAGGAUAUCUCGCAUGUGUGAUCUUGAGCAACCCGUUCAAAAGGCGUUUACAGUCCCGUUGGCCGGAGUAACCGCAAGCGUGCACCAGGGAGCCAUGCCGUACGCUACUCCUUUGGUGACAGCCACCCAGGACGAGCUGUCGUACGUGGUAUUCUGGAACCCGGCGGGGACGGUCGCGGUUCCCGGCCAGGACCACGAUGCAUCGCUGACCACGACGGCCGCGCCGGUGCACGUGCUCGCCGCGUGGACCAGGGUCAUCUGCGCAGAAACGACGAGGCCCGCGGGGCCGCCCCCGUUCCAGGCGGAGACCGCGAAGACGACCUGGGCGGCUCCUUGCGGGCCGAAGUUGAUGUUCCAUGUCUGCGCGGUGGUGUAGCUCGCCCCAGACCCGAUCGCGAAUCCGUUGGCGUAGAGCGUGUUUGGCGGUUGGAUUUCAUCUGCAUGAAAUGCUGGGCGAAACCCACUCUUUUGAGGGAACAUAGUCGGAAGUGGACUGGAAAAAUCAGAGACUACGCGCACAGGCUUUUGAACAGUUCACACAGCCGAAAAGGGAAAUAGUUUCGUUUCAAGAAGACGAGCUGAACGUUGUCCAUGGCCCUCUCGCUAUUCGCGUCAGGAAGUACUUAUGUAAUGAACCAAAUGGAUUGAGGUCUCGACCGUGGACACGAGACACCGCUGCAGAGAAGUUCAGAAGAAACGGAGGCGCCUACAUAUCUCAAAAACGAGAAGCACAGGAAAGGCAGUAAACGUCCCAAGUCAUGGACCGAUACAGCGUAUGACGCUGUGUGCCCCAAGGCCCACGCAGAUUUGAGCGAAUCGCCAUGAUAGUCUUGAAGUAGGUCAAUAGCGAACAACCUUCAUUCGGAGCACGCAGACGUCAGUGUAGGUCCGGUCGUUUCCAGAAAGUCGCGG